AAAACUUGAACAAUAAAAUCGUCUUGCCGUGGGUAUAUUUUCUAAUCAGCAUUUGUUAGCAUCAUCCUCUGUAUUGAACAGGUUAAUACAGGACAUACUGUUCUAGCUAAUGAACAGAAAGAAAACUUUUACUAUAUUAGUAUUUGCGAUUAGAAAUAAAGCCAGCACGUCAAGUGUUGCUAGCACAUGGGUUAGUUACGUUUAGAAGAGAUCAGGAUGUGCGAGCUUAUAAAAAAAAAAGCGAUCUUAUGAAGAGAGUGCAAAACUACACUGCCAAUCUCCAAAGCUCCGCCUGCUCUCCCUAUGAAAGGAAAGACAGUAAAAUACAAUGCGAGCACAGCUAUGGGGAAAGACUCCCACAGUAGGCUGCUGUAGAUUAUUUUGUGGCAAAAUAGCGACUGAAUUGCCUCUCAUUCAUUUUUGGAGCUACUGUAUCAGCAGUAGCAGCUGCAGCAGCAGGAAGAGCGCAGGGGGCACCCCACCAAGGAGAGAUGGAUUUCAUCUGGUAGAGAGCCUUGUGUGCAUGUUGUGUCCUAGAGUCCAGCUCAGCUCACCCUAUAGGCGCUGACGUCUGCUCUCUUCUCCUACACACUGUGGAAUUCAACUCUUCACCAGUCGCCAAUGAUUCGCCGAACCAAGAAGCGCAGACUGGAGUGGUACCCAGCACCUCUGAAACUAUGCCUGAUAUAAAGAAGCGGAAAGCUGGGGUGGAUGUGUCCUAUCACAGAAAGUGAAUGAGAGCAGGACGUCCCUUCUACCUGGUCCUGUCCUUGGCAUUUUUUUUGUGAUGGAUGCUUUUAACAACACUACCUCUUCGGACUACUCUUCAGAGAAGGGGAAUGGUACCAAGUUCGAGGAGGUUGCUCUUAGCUACCAAAUCGUCACUUCUCUCUUCCUGGGGACACUGAUACUCUGUGCGAUUUUUGGCAAUGCCUGUGUGGUGGCAGCCAUAGCCCUGGAAAGGAACCUGCAGACUGUGGCAAAUUAUCUCAUAGGCUCUCUUGCAGUCACCGACUUGAUGGUCUCCGUUCUGGUGUUACCCAUGGCAGCACUUUACCAAGUAUUGAACAAGUGGACUCUUGGCCAGGUAACCUGUGACAUUUUUAUUUCUCUAGACGUUUUGUGUUGCACCUCUUCCAUUCUGCAUCUGUGCGCUAUAGCUUUGGACAGAUACUGGGCUAUAACAGAUCCAAUAGACUACGUGAACAAGCGGACUCCUAGGCGAGCUGCUAUCCUUAUUAGUCUGACAUGGGUAGUGGGGUUCUCAAUAUCCAUACCACCAAUGCUGGGCUGGAGGACAUCUGAAGACAGGUCUGACCCUGAUGCUUGUAAAAUAAGCGAAGACCCUGGUUACACCAUCUACUCCACUUUUGGUGCGUUCUACAUCCCAUUAAUCCUAAUGUUGAUAUUGUAUGGUAGGAUAUUCAAAGCAGCCAGGUUUAGGAUUCGAAAAACUGUUAAAAAAACUGAGAAAAAGAAAGUGGCUGAUACUUGCCUGACAGUCUCCCCGGCAACCAUACAGAGGAAGAGCAACGGGGAACCAAGCAAGAACUGGAAGAGGAGUGUAGAACCUAAGCCCAGCAGCACUUGUGUGAAUGGGGCAGUGAGGCACGGGGAGGAUGGCGCUGCCUUAGAAAUCAUUGAGGUCGAUCAUCAUAGCAACUCUAAAAACCACCUGGCUCUGCCAGACCAUCCAAGUGACACCCUAUCCCCUCCUUGCUUCGAGAAAAAGAACGACAAAAGUACUGAUGCAAAAAGGAAGGUGGCUUUGGCCAGGGAGAGGAAAACAGUCAAAACUUUAGGUAUUAUAAUGGGCACCUUUAUCUUCUGCUGGCUGCCAUUCUUCAUCGUUGCCCUAGUUUUGCCCUUUUGUGAAAUCUGCCACAUGCCACGCUUGUUGUACGACGUUAUAAACUGGCUAGGCUACUCUAACUCCCUCCUUAACCCCAUCAUAUAUGCUUAUUUUAAUAAAGAUUUCCAAAGUGCUUUUAAGAAAAUCAUCAAGUGCAAAUACUGUAAUCAAUGAACAAGAAGAUUCCCAAUGUGUUGCCUGCCUUGUUCUCAUUAACAAAGCCCAUUUGUUUUCCAUGCUUGUGUCAUUGAAAUCCUUGAGUCAACGUUGAUUCAAAGAGUUGACUUGUGCAUCGGAUGGGCUCUUGGCAGUUGAUGGACACAGACACACGUUUUUGUUCGUCUCAAUGAAACCUAUGCUCAAUGGCUGCCAUUAUUUCCAUGUGAAAUAUUAGAUACUGUAUUUAUAUAUUCGAUAUUUUUUCAUUGGUCACUGAUGACAGUGGAAGACUUGUUCAAAUUGUCUUCUGUAACUAUUUGCACAGACCAAGUGGCUGACGAUCUGUUGCUUUGUUAUUCCAUGUUAACUGUAAGAGGCGGCUGUAACUAUUGUACUGGUACACUGCUGUCAUUAUGUAACAACUUUUUUUUCCUCCCUCUCCCCAAUCAGUUGCGUUUUGAGGAAGUGAUGGGGUAUGAUGUAGUCUCUGCAAUGCCCAUCACCCAUCUCAGUGUAUUAAAAACAAUUCAUCCUAUGCAUCAGUUCAACUGUUUAUAAUAAUUAAAACUGAAUAAGAUUGUCUAAUAAAUGAUACACACUAGAUCAGUCAGUAUUGUAUGUAGACAUGUAAUUAUGGCCUGAAUGUACAGUAUUAAAUCGCAAUAUUCGCUGGUGAUAAUACAAUUCGCAAGUUUAUUUCAAAUAAACUUUGCCUUUGCAGUGCAAACACGUCAUUUGUCUU